CUCACCUGACAGGGCUACAGCAGGGGUCCCAUCCAUGUUCCUGCCUUCCAGGGCUCCCACCUUUCACUUUUCCUCUUCACCUCUCCCCUUUUGCUUGGCUUGCCCCAGCUUUUGGCCCUCUUGAUGUAGCUGAGAUAGCAGCAACUUUAUGAAUGAAGUAUUUUAAAAAUGAAUGCUCAAGCACUCUCAGGACUCCAGACACACUCUGCUGUGCCACCAUCCACAGCCUGACCUGUUUGUGUUCUUUUCCAAGAUCCUCUGCCAGGGAAUUGAGCACCCUGGGGAGGAAAAGGCCGGUGAGAAAGAGGAAAAGGCAAUCUUCAGCUACCUGGGGAAAAGCAGAAGGCACACCAAGCCGUGCAACCUGACUGGCUGGUGGGAGAACGAUCUGGGCUCCAAGAUGCAAGUGUUCAAGGUCGGCAACGACGGAACCUUCUCUGGGGAGUACCACACUGCUGUGUCAAACGCCAAGAAACCCAUCCAGGCGUCCCCACUGACUGGCUCCCAGCACCUGGAUGAGGAUGGACAGUGCACCUUUGGCUUCACUGUCAACUGGAAGAAGUUCUCAGACUCCACAGCUGUCUUCGUGGGGCAGUGCUUCAAGGGGGAUGAAGGGAAGGAGGUCCUGCACACCUCCUGGCUGCUGCGGGAGAAAGUCCACUCGGAGCCGGAUGACUGGAAAGCCACCAGGACCGGCCACAACACCUUCACUCGAGUGGGCUGACAGAGGGAGAAGCACUGCCUCCUCUGCCACACUGCACUGCGCCUUGUCCUGGCCACGCUCGGGACACAGGAGUCCCCUCAGCAGCAACAUUGUACCAGCAUGCUUCCAGAUCUGGAGGAAGAUGUCUCAAAAAACGCCAAAUAAAAUUAAAAACAUUUAAACACAGCCUUGUGCAGUCUGU